GGCAGUUUGCUCUUUGGAUGUUUGCCGAGCGGAAAGUCACAAAAUUGCUUUUUGGAUCCGAGUAAAAGCCAAUCAAUCUUUCCUGCUGCCUUUUCCUUGAUUCUUUCAAGAUGAUGAUAUCUCCUUCUGCUUGUCGCAUGGGCCUGGUUACGACCUCCCGUCGUAAGAUUGGAACAGUCCUCACCGGCAGUUCCACUUUGGGUGGUCGUCGCGCUUUCCUUACUGCUUCUUCCAAGUCAUCGUCGUUGGUGGAUGCUUCUGUUGUUGCUCCCGAGACGAAGUCUCUUUGGACUCCUCGUUCGCCGAUUUUUCGUCGUCGUUGGAAGUCGUCUCGUGCCGCCGCUGUCUAUGACACAGACUCGGAUGACCAGGACGAUUUGGAAGUUCGCACCAAAGGAUUGGCGGCGGCUGCCCAGCUUCGGGCCACCUCUGCUUCUUCUGCCGAGUUGUCCCAUGAAGAGGCCUGGAUGAUCAACCUUGGUCGUGGAGACGACAAUGAGUGGUUGACCGGGCCUCGUGAGGAUGAGUGGUUUACGGGUAUUCAUCCCCGUGAUUGUCCUGGCGUCGACGCCAAGGGCAAAAUCCGCUCUCUUCCUCUCCCCAAUUUGAGUUGUGUGACGCGCCAUGCCGCCAAGGAAUAUUUCGACAACAGCUGGACUUUGUAUGAAACCCUCUUUGCGGGGCUCAAUGGCGAGGAGUACUUUUACCGUCCUCCUGUCCAUGGAUUGCGCCAUCCUCAAAUUUUUUACUACGGCCAUACGGCCUGUUUGUAUGUCAACAAACUUCGGGUCAGUGGAGUUUUGGACAAACCUGUCAAUCCCUAUUUUGAAUCCAUUUUUGAGGUUGGUGUGGAUGAAAUGCUAUGGGAUGACAUGCAUAAGAAUGACAUGUUGUGGCCUAUUGUGUCGGAAGUUCAUGAAUACAAGAAAAAAGUCUACGAAACUGUAGUCGAUGCCAUUAUGAAUCAUCCUAGUUUGGAACCUGCUGCAGGCGAGGAAGGUGUUAAAGUGGACCAAUCCCAUCCCAUGUGGGCCCUCUUUUUGGGAUUCGAACAUGAACGGAUCCAUUUCGAAACCAGCUCGGUGCUCUUUCGCGAGGCACCCUACCAUCUGGUUCAAACACCCACAAACUGGCCACCAAUGCAUCCUUCGGCUACCGAACAAAAGAGCUAUCCUCCCGUCACGUCCAACCCCGUGGAAGGGAAGGACUACCCACCCAAUAAAAUGAUCCCGGUCAACCAGGGGGCUGUUGAUCUGGGCAAACCCGCUGAUUUUCCCAGUUUUGGCUGGGACAAUGAGUACGGCGAACGAAAUGUUUCAGUUCCUCCAUUCCAAGCGAGUGAACACAUGAUCACCAAUGGAGAGUACUACCAAUUCGUCCAAGAAGGGGGAUAUCGCAAUCGCCAAUACUGGUGUGAAGAUAGCUGGCACUGGAGGACACAUCGCAACAUGAAGUGGCCCUUCUUUUGGGAACCCGCCGGUCCUGCUGGGACUAAUGAAUUCAAUCUUCGUACCAUUUUUGACAUUGUUAGCAUGCCAUGGGACUGGCCUGUGGAUGUUAACUAUUACGAGGCCCAAGCUUACUGCCGGUGGAAGACUGAGAAGGAUGGAUCGCCAACUUCUCGCCCCUACCGCAUCCUCACUGAGGCCGAGCACCACUUGAUUCGUCACCGUGACCAUGGUCUCGAGGCUGCUCGCAAGGACGCGGGCGCUGACAAGGUGAUGGUCACAUCCGGCAAAGAUUUUGCCAAGGGAGAGACAGCCACAAACCUAAACUUGGCUUACUCGUCUCAGAACCCCGUGGAUUUUUUCCCUCCUUCCCAAACUGGACACCGUGAUACCACAGGAAGUGCCUGGGAAUGGACCGAGGACCACUUCAACCCUUUGAAGGGAUUCGAAGUUCAUCAUGUCUACGACGAUUUCUCGACCCCUUGCUUCGAUGGAAAGCAUUCCAUGAUUGUGGGCGGAUCCUUCAUGAGCACUGGCGACGAGGCGUCUACCUUUGCCAGGUUUCACUUCCGUCCUCACUUUUUGCAACACUCGGGAUUCCGUCUGGUGGCUUCGGACGACCCCGCCCCUGCCACACACUUGUUCGCAGGAAACUUUGGUGGUCAGGUAGCAGCAGCCGCCGCAGCAACUCAGCAGCCACCCUCGGAACAGCAAGAUUCUGACAAUGUCUAUGAGACGGAUACCAGCUUGCACAUGUACCUUGGUUUGCACUAUCCCAAGUCUGGUGAAGCGGAAGGCGUUGCGCCUAUCCUUCCCCACAGUGGUGCUCCCAGUCACGGACUCUUCUUUCCCCAACGUGUUGCCAGGCUUUUAAAGUCCCUGGAACCAGAGCGCAGCAACAAUAGUGCUUUGGAUAUUGGCUGUGCCGUUGGAGGUGCUUCCUUUGAGUUGGCCAAGACCUUUGAUCGCGUCGAUGCUUUUGACUUUAGCGAGUCUUUUGUCAAUGGCGCCAAGCGCAUGCAGAAUAUUGCCCAGGAAGACAUUGCAUUCAAUGUUCCCGUGGAGGCCGAGUUGUUUGAACAAGUCAAGGCAGUUCAUGAUGAUGGUGUCACUCCGGAUGUCCUGUCCAAGGUCAACUUUUUCGCUGGCGAUGCGCAAAGGAUUGCCGAAAUGAACGCCACAGGGCAGAUUGCCACGUAUGAUGGUGUUGUCAUGUCCAAUCUCCUCUGCCGCCUGCCUGAUCCCAUGGCUUGCAUCGAUGGAUUGCCUUGCAUUGUCAACAAGGGCGGCGUUGUUGUCAUGGUGACUCCAUUCAGCUGGUUGCUUGAAUUCACUCCCCGCUCCAAGUGGCUUGGUGGCUUUUACGAUCCUGUCUCGAAGGACCCCAUCUACUCCAAGGACGUGCUCCAGGAGAUGAUGGAAGAUCGCGGUUUUGAGAAGAUCCACGAGGAGGAGAUGCCCUUGGUCAUUCGUGAACAUCAGAGGAAGUAUCAGUACAUUGUCAGCGAAGCUACCGGUUGGCGCAAGAAGGAGUAAAUAUCAUCAUCUGUCCUCGUUGUAAUCAGUUUUCUGCAUGGUUGUAGCAGUGUCUCAAGGAAGUGGUGCAAGCGAGCGGUCGAAGGGUUCUGUUAAAAGAGAGGCAUCGGAUGCGAAUGGAUGCAGCACAUUACACCUCUAGCAACUUAAAAUCGCAAUAGCGCUUUGUCUCAACUUCGCCACCUGUAGAGAUGCCAUGAUCGUUGUCACUCAGCUCCGCUUGGAGCCAGUGAAAUUAUGCAGAAAGAAUGAGAUCUGUUGUGGCUUCUCCUAGUGGAUCUUUCGCUUCCGCAAAAUGGUCGGCCCUCGCGCGGUUAUACGUUUGUAGCAGUGUCCUCGUGGUGCAGCGAGCGGUCGAGGUUUGUCCUUUUAUUUUAAGAUGUGCGUGGGAUUUCAAUAGAAACCAUGCAUUGCUUUCUCCCUCUACUCUUUUAUGGCAAUGUCACAUGAGAGCAGUCACUAAAAAAUAGGUCGCACCCAAUAUUGGUCGAUUGGUUUUUAGCUGGAACCCAAAUCGAAACCUAUUCAGUCACUAACUCAUUUCGGUCGAGGUUUAGGUUGCGACCGAAAUCGACCGGUCGUUCCACUGGUCGAUUCAAGGUCACUUUGCGACCAGUGGAUCGACCAGGUCGCUGUUUUGGUUGUAGCCACAUCAACACACAAAAGCCUCAUCAACAGGCAUAGCAACAGGCAUAGCAACAGGCAUAG